AUGGCUGACCAAAACCCAGGAAAAAAUGCAGUUUACGAAAAUUCAAACAAAGCCCAGCAGCCAAUUUCCGAUUUGGCUCUCCCCAAGAAACCAAAGAGAAACAAGUAUGCUUUAGGAUGCUCCAUUUUAGCUUCCAUGACGUCCAUCUUACUCGGAUAUGAUACUGGAGUCAUGAGUGGAGCAAUAUUAUACAUCAAGAAAGACCUUAGAGUCUCCGACGUCCAGAUAGAGAUCCUAGUAGGGACCAUAAAUCUCUACGCCCUCGUCGGCGCCGCCGUGGCCGGACGGACCUCCGACUGGAUUGGCCGCCGUUAUACUAUUGUCUUCGCGGCGGCAAUCUUCUUCGCCGGAGCUUUUUUAAUGGGCUUUGCCACCAACUAUUCAUUUCUUAUGGUCGGUAGGUUUGUGGCCGGGAUCGGAGUUGGGUAUGCUCUGAUGAUAGCUCCGGUGUACGCCGCUGAGGUAGCUCCAGCGUCAUCACGUGGGUUCCUCACUUCUUUCCCUGAAGUAUUCAUCAACGCUGGUGUAUUGUUAGGAUAUGUAUCAAAUUAUGCAUUUUCCAAUUUUUCAACAAAUUUGGGGUGGCGACUUAUGCUUGGUGUUGGUGCAAUUCCAUCAAUUUUUCUAGCUGUAGGUGUCCUAGCCAUGCCCGAGUCACCACGAUGGCUAGUCAUGCAAGGUCGUUUAGGCGAUGCAAAGAAAGUUUUAGACAAAACUUCGGACUCGUUAGAAGAGUCGCAAUUGAGACUAGCUGAUAUUAAAGAGGCGGCAGGAUUGCCAUUAGAUUGCAACGACGAUGUGGUUGUUGUCCCUAAACGAAGCCAUGGCGAAGACGUGUGGAAGGAAAUGUUUCUUCACCCUUCACGUACCGUCCAGCACAUUUUAUUGGUGGGCAUUGGCAUACAUUUCUUUCAACAAGCGAGUGGCAUAGAUGCUGUUGUUUUAUAUAGUCCCAAGAUUUAUGAAAAAGCCGGUAUUAAAAAUGACAACCACAAGCUACUCGCCACUAUAGCUGUUGGAGUCUCAAAGACGGUCUUUAUCCUAGUGACUACAUUUUUGGUAGACAAGAUUGGACGGCGAGUUUUGCUCCUCACAAGUUGCGGUGGUAUGAUAAUCUCUCUCUUGGGCCUAGCUAUUGGAUUGACCAUAAUCGAUCACUCUCCCAAUCAAAAAAUAACGUGGGCCAUCGCCUUGUGCAUCCUCAUGACAUUAUCGUGUGUAGCAUUUUUCUCGAUGGGGAUGGGCCCCAUUGCGUGGGUCUACAGCUCUGAGAUUUUCCCGUUGAGGCUAAGGGCUCAAGGGUGCGGUUUGGGAGUCGCAAUGAAUAGAUUGGUCAGUGGGGUACUGCUGAUGUCAUUUAUAUCCCUGUACAAGCGCAUUACAAUUGGAGGGGCUUUCUUUCUGUUCGCAGGGAUUGCAAUUAUGGCUUGGAUUUUCUUCUUCACGUUGCUGCCUGAGACACAAGGGAGAACCCUAGAGGAUAUGGAGGUACUUUUUGGGACUUUCUUUAGGUGGAGAUCAACCAGUAAUGAACUAAAGCGGAAGAAAUUCGAGGGGAAUUCUGCAGAACUACAGUAG